GUGCGACUGGCCUGCUUUGGACGUCGAGCACCAAUGUAUCCCCGCUAGCCGAGGGGAACAGCAGACCAUAGUGUCACGAGCUACACUAGAAUGGCAUCGAGACAUUCUCGCACAUACAGAACAAGAAAACAAGGCCUCCGAUCAGUUCGUUUUCAUGACCAUCAUUUUGCCGUAGACGAAUCAAAGGCAUCAGGAAGAUGAAGAUAUGUCAGUGACCAUUGUCUUAAGCUUUCGUCACUAUAAACUCUCAUCCGUAUCGUUUGCGUUUUACUCACCUUUUUUGCCCUCAUAGACUACUAUCGUGUCCCCACUACACAUAAUUUCGCGCUUGAUGGACGUAUGGCUACCACGACUCUCUACACGGUGUCAAAGACUUCUUCUCUUUUGGACCGCGAUGGUGGCACUCGCUCAGGGACAAUCGCAUCAAGGGGCACCUACCGUAUCACCAUUGGAGAUUCGCACACUUGAAGAAUUUCACAAUUGUGACGUUGUACCCAUCUUCAUUGUCGGUGGGAGAAUGCCAUACUUGCUACAAUUGUUUUCCAAUGGUGUGCUCGUGCAACUUAGAAGGAUGGGUGAUGCCCCGUUUUACUGGAACGUCACAGUAAUCACUGUAGGCGCUGAAAUUGAGAUGACUGUCUCCGACGGCUUGAGCCCCCCUACAAUCCUGAAUAUAGGCCCGUUCGUUAGCCUACCACCAAAUACCCCUUGUACUGUGCAAGCUAUAGUGGAUCCGGCCUCGUCUUCGUCUUCUAUUGAGAACACUUAUUCAUCUCUCGCCGCUUCUUCAACCAUAUCUGUUGUACCAUCCUCAACGACUUCAUCCUUCUCACCUUCUUCGUCUGAAUCCUUCACAACGCUCGCCCCGUCUACUUUCGCUCCUACAUCCCUUACGACCAAUAGUAUCAGCUCCCUGUCCGCCAGUGGAAUUUCAUCAAAAUUGAUUGGUUUCAUUGUCCUCGGGGCCGUCUUGUUCCUACUACUUGUGGUUCCAACUACUAUCUGGGUGUGGCGGAGAAAUAGACGGCGACCUACCGCCUCAAUAGAUUUAUCAAGUGAAAGCGAGCACUCCGAUUUUGAGGAUGGACAUAGUAUAAGGACCGUUCAGAGUCCUGUUGGACAAUCAACUACACAAAGUCGUCCGACAUCGCUAGAUCGCAUGAUCGGUAACAUCAACGAUUCAAGGCUCGCUACAGAUUCACAGUACAGGCAGUCAAGGGGAAGUAUUGGCUCUGGCCCCAAGCAUGACCGCUGGCGGUCAAAUAGAGACACUCGGGAUGCACCCUUUGCCACCGACUCAGCAUCAUACUUGUCUUCUCGCGUUCCGUCGCCGUUUCCGAUGUCACAGGUCUCUGACAGCCUUGUUAUCGACACCACAUCUUCAAAAAAUCGGCCCCCAGUCGAUGCUGUCCCACACUCUGUUCCUCGGCCAGGAGCAUUCUUAUUUGCUCGGGCUGAGGAUGAGAGUGUUGGUAUGAUGUCAACGCCGAGACGUGAAGCUGACGCUGGCAUUAUCUUGGCCGGUGGACUACAUGAUUACGACUUGGAGACACUUCCCCCCGCGUAUGGCGACAUUAGGCGCUAACUAAUAAGAUAGUAAUCUUGUCUUUCCGUCCGUCAGUCACUACAUACUACGUAUGCAGUUUGGUGCAUAAGAAUGUAUUGCAUUC